AUGCAGUCGAGGCGGAACACCUGGCCGCGGUCGGUGGCCAAGGCCGCCGUGCGGCACCGCCAAAGGCAGGCGGUGACGAGUUCGAAUGUGGUGCAGCGGAGGUUGAGGUUGGGCUGGAGAAGGGAGCGGAGGGCUGAGAUCUCGGCAGGACCGAAGAAGAAUGAGCGCUGCACGAGGUUGUCGAGUGGGAUGGAAUCUCCGUCGGGCAAGGUGUCGUACUCGAGGUGCGCACGGGUGACUCGAGGUGGGUCCCGUGCGGUGAGAAGUUGUCGUUCCCAAACUGGGAGGAUGGAGGGGCUCUGGGCCCCGAUGGCGUGCUCGCCGAUGGCAGACAUAAACUGGACGAGACCUUUGCCGUCGGCCAUGCAUCAACGGACAACCCGUGACGCCGCUGGAGCCUGGGACAUCGUAAAGCAGCUCUUCAAAGCAAUGGAACGGCGGCUGAGGGCUGACUACAAACUCCGCUAG